AUGUCACUUUUAGCUUCAUCACUAGCUGGAGCGAAUUAUAUGACUUCGAAUAACGAAGAUAGGGAAUCAGCUACGAACGGUGCUGCCGAGUUCACACGAAGGAAGAAAUGGCCCGAGAUAUUACUAAAGGAAUUAGUGGGAGGAUCCAUAUUUUGCUUGAAACCUGUUAUGACUAGAAAAGGUAGUGAACCGCACAGUGGGACCUCAUGGAGCUGGAAAAUCAUUUACAGUUCUCCUGCUGUUGGCGAGAUGUUAGGUCAAAAGCCCUCCGAGUUGGAAGGUAAAGAUUUCCUUGAUUUCGUGUUUGCCGCGGACCAUCCUCAAAUCCAAACAUUCUUUCAUCACCUACUAACACCUUCAUUACCUCAUCACGCAUCAUCUUCGACGACCAUAACAACAUCAUCCAAUUCACUUGAGAGAUCCAAUCCGAACUCAAAUCUUUCCCCUACGCAGGGAGAUUCUCAAACCACAUAUGUCAGAAUGAUCUCUGCUUCUUCCGACAGUUCUCCCGGAUCAGGAACAGGUUCAUCGUCGAAUGAUUCAUCAACAAACGCACAUACACCUUCGAAGAAAGUAGGACCUUUGGUAUGGGAAUUAAGAGCACAUGCAAGCGGUCUAGGUGAUGAACUACCAAUUCAAGGUACUGAAAAUCUGGGACCUUCAACAGGUCAAGGUACCGUAGUUCAACAUAAUGGCGAUAAUGCAAUGAAAGGUAAAGCGAUUUGGGUAAUGGGCAGAAAAGUUGGUGAAAACGUAACAGAAGUUGAAAGUAGUGGUAAUAGUGGUAGUGGUAACAGUAAUAGUAACAACGGUAAUAGCAACGGAACUGGAAAUAACCAAUCUCUCGAUGCAUUUCUGGAAUUGAAAUUGGAAAAUGAGAAAUUGAGAGAGGAAUUGAGAGAACUUCAAUUAGAUCUUGAUGAAGAAUUACCAACACGAAAAUCUUCAUUGGGAAAUAAUACGUCCCCUAUAAAAAUGCAUCCCUAUCAACUAUCUUCCUCACCUUCUUCUGCUGAAACGUCACCAUCAUCUUCAAGAUCAUCUUCACCCACAAGAAUAGCAUCUUCAUCCACUAAACCAAAAGCUAAAACCGGUAGACCACCAAAAGAAGGUAAAGAGAAAGAGAAGAAACGUAAAAAGUCUACUGCAGGCACAGGGAAAGAAGGUGAAGGGAUGCAUGUAUGUGUUACUUGCGGUAGAACAGAUAGUCCAGAAUGGAGAAAAGGUCCUCUAGGUCCAAAGACAUUAUGUAACGCUUGUGGUUUGAGAUGGGCUAAAAGGAACUCAACUCAGCCGACAAGAAAGGAUAAGAAACCGAACGUUGGGAAGAAUUGA